CAAAAAUUCCAUCACAUAAAAUUAGUUUUCAAACAAAUUUUUUCUUUGUAGUUAUAAUUUUCGUUAAAAAUUCUUCUAAAUGUCUCUAACGGAAAAGAAUUCUUAUUGGACGCGAGUUGUAGAGGAUAUUGAGAGAAAAGCACGCUGGCAAAGCAAAAAGGAUGUUAUUAGAAAAUAUGAUUUCUCAGUGACAUUGCCCAAAAAUCUACGUAAACGAGUGGCCAAAAUAUUACCCUAUGAAUAUGAUGAAUAUGACAAGCAUGUAUUUAUAACUGAAUCGGAAAUGGAGACACCCAUAUCCUAUGGGGGUGAUGAUGAUGAUGAAGAGGAGGAGGGGAAACAAAAAAAGGAAAAGAAGUCUGACAUUUUCAAUGAAAGCACCUGCUCGGAAAUUGAACAUUUGGAACAUGAGUACCCCAAAUUUGUUUUAAAUAUGGACAAACCUUUGGAACAUAAAUCUAAAACUAAAAAAAAACGUAAUUGGUGUUCGACCUACAUAUGCAAACCACGCAAGGAACGUGUUAGAUGGGACUCGAAAAUCUAUGAUUUGGAACGUAGCAUUUGGGAAAAGACUCUAGACGAACAGGCCGAACAACUUAUGGAUGCUUCUGCUGAACGCUUUACCGAAUGGAUAAAUUCUUUGGGCAGCAAUAGAGAUUCGGAUAUUUCCAAGGAAAAGCUAAAAGCUUUAUUUUCCAUAGAAGGAGACCGCACGCUUUUAGCGUCUAUACUAACCGAACCUAAAGAGGUAAAAGCAAUUGCUAAAACCGUAGCAGACAAAUGGAAUUUGCCAGAGAUGGCCAUCGAAUUGAAAUAUGAAAACUACAUACGUGACCGUUUGAAAAAUGUGCCCAAGAAAAUUAACACCGUAGCUUUUGGACGGACUAUACCGGUAAAAGAUAGACCUUGGUUGCCAGCUGAUAGCGAUGAGCCUAUUGCUACUGUUUACCCAGAGGAAUUGCUGUCAUUGGAAAAACUUUUCAAGGGCAUUACACAUUUACGUUCGACUAAAGAGUUGGCUGAGUUUUAUAAGAAACGUCCUGGUUUGGAGAAGCCUCGCUAUUUGGUUUCUGCUGGUUUGUUUAAAAGCAAAACUAAAACACAAGCAAAUACGGAAGUUCCCUUAUACGAACGUUUGAAAUUAAAAUAUUAGAGAAAGAAUUUAUUGUCCUUAA